AUGUACACCCUUGAAGAAGUUCAUAAUCAUAAUAAGCCAGACGAUGUCUGGAUUAUUCUGCACAACAAAGUCUACGAUGUCACCAAAUACCUCGAAGACCACCCUGGUGGCAGUGCCAUCUUGAUUGGGGUCGCUGGCACAGAUGCUACCGAGGCAUUCGAAGAGACAGGUCAUUCUGACGAAGCUCGUGAGGAGUUGGAACAAUAUUAUGUUGGCGACCUGCCGUCAGAGGAACAUGCCGAAUCAAUUCAGGUCUACCGUCCUACGUUUGAGAAAGUCGCACAAGCCGCCGUUGUAUCUGUCAAGCCCUCACCUAGCCGUGUUCCCUCGCUGGUUCUCUCAUUGCUCAAACUUGGCAUGACUGGCGCUUUAGGGGGAGUGGCUUUUGCCGGCUACAGCAACGGAUGGGGACAAUUUGCCCCGAUCCUCAAGAAGCUGUCGGAAAGUGUCUCAACUAUUCUGUCCAACCGCCUGAACUCCGGUCAGUUCUGGUCCGGAUUCGGAAUCGCCAGUGUCGCCCAACUGUCCAUCACCCUUGGAGUGACAAUGUGGAUUUCAUCCAAGUUGGACGUCCAGCAAGAGUUUACUCAUCACUUGCCUCACCGCACAUCUCGGUCCGACAGACUUAUCUUCCGCAAGAAAACAUCAUCAACCGUCAAGAAGGCUCCCACCAAGACCCUUUUUACAAAGCCCCUCGACCCGCGCCAGUUUAAGAGCUUCCCUCUGACCCACAAAGAAGUCGUCUCUCCCAACGUGUACCGAUUCACCUUUGGCCUCCCCAACACAGACGAUAUCCUCGGUCUCCCAACAGGCCAGCAUAUUGCUCUGCGCGCCACUAUCAAUGGAAAGAGCGUCUCCCGUUCCUACACACCCGUCUCCAACAACAUCGAUCUAGGACGCAUCGAGCUCCUAGUUAAGGUAUACCCCCAGGGCCAGAUGACCAAGCACCUCGAGCAAAUGAACAUCGGCGACACUAUCGAGAUCCGUGGCCCCAAGGGCGCAAUGCAAUAUACCACCUCAUACGCAAACCACAUUGGUAUGAUCGCUGGUGGUACUGGUAUAACCCCCAUGUACCAGCUCAUCCGGGCGAUCUGUGACAACAAGGCCGAUACUACCAAGAUGAGCUUGCUGUAUGCAAGUAACAGGGAGGAGGAUAUUUUGCUACGCAAGGAGCUGGACGACUUUGCUCGUGAGAAUCCGCAUAAGUUCUCUGUGCAGUAUGUGCUUUCACAGGCUGGUGAGGAUUGGACUGGUCAUCGUGGUUUUAUCUCGCAGGAUCUGAUUCAAAGCUACUUGCCGCCUGCCGGUGAGGACAGCAAGAUGUUGCUGUGUGGCCCGCCACCUAUGAUUAAUGCGAUGAAGAAGAUUCUCCCUGGAAUGGGCUGGAAUGAUCCUAGUGCUGUGUCCAAGGCUACGGAUCAGGUCUUCCUGUUCUAA